UGACUUUCAGCAUCCCCUCCAAACGGAAACCCUAAUUUUGCUCCAGGGCUUAUGGCAAUCCCGUGAUAAAUAGCCCUCGGCCGUGACAUUGUUUAAUCCCGUCUAUUUCCUACUCUCUCCAACCUUACACCAUAUCGCGAAACCCUAACGCUAAACAUAUCCUCUUAUUCUCCGCCAGAGGUCCGUCGGGAACUGAUCCCAUCUCCUCCCUGGGCGCCGGAGUCUCCGGGAGCAGAGAGAUGUCGCUGGACGGGGUCGUCGAUCGAAGGGAGGGCUCUCCAGUGGGCAAUGGGAACGGGACGGCCAGGCCGACGUACGGAGACCGGCGCCUGAGGCUGAAUCCCAACACGGAGCACAGGCCGGAACGGUACGAUGAUGUUGGGUCAGAAUUGGUCCCGGCAAUUUUCAGCUCCUUGGAGCGGCACCUCCCUCCGAUCAUGCUCGAGGUGCCGCGGGAUGCCAAGUUGCAGUUAAUGAAGGAUAUCCUUGCGCGUUACUUGCCCGAGGGGGAAUGCAGCAGGGUUCAGAAGCAUAAAGCAUACAGGCAGAAAUUGAUUUCAGCUUAUCAGCCUUUACAUAAAGAACUAUACAAUCUGCAACCAUCAACGUUUUUUAUGCCAUCAUUUCUUAAGGCAAUCAAUGAUAACACAGAGGAGAGCUUCAGAAAUAUACUGUCAGAACCUUCUCCUGGAAUUUAUAUAUUUUCUAUGCUGCAGCCAAGUUUAUGUGAAAUGUUAUUAGAUGAGGUGGAAAAUUUUGAAAAGUGGGUUAAUUCAGUCAAGUUCAAAAUAAUGCGACCAAAUGCAAUGAACAAGUAUGGUGCUGUGCUUGAUGACUUUGGCAUGGAAACAAUGCUUAACAAGCUUAUGGAUGACUUCAUCUCUCCAGUUGCUAGAGUAUUUUAUCCUGAGGUUGGUGGGUCAACUCUGGAUUCACAUCAUGGUUUUGUGGUUGAGUAUGGCAAGGACAAGGAUAUCGAACUAGGUUUCCAUGUGGAUGAUGCGGAAGUCACUUUAAAUGUAUGCCUGGGAAAAGAUUUUUCUGGGGGUAAUUUGUUUUUCCAGGGAGUUCGAUGUGACAAGCAUGUGAACACAGAGACACAACCAGAGGAGUUCUUUGAUUAUUCUCACGUCCCUGGCCAAGCUGUACUCCAUCGUGGCCGUCAUCGACACGGAGCUCGUCCGACAAAUUCUGGACAUAGAAUCAACAUGCUUUUAUGGUGCAGAAGUUCAAUCUUUAGAGAGAGGAGGAAAUUUCAGAAGGAUUUCUCUAGUUGGUGCGGCCAGUGCCAGCUUGCGAAGAAAGAAAGGCAGCAUCAGUGGGUCACCACUACCAAGCUGGCAUUUCUUAGAGGUUGUGGAGGAGGCAAGAUUUGAGUUGCUUUCAUAUGUACUGUGUUAUGGGUGUGGCUGUAAAUUAACUCGCCUAUCACCCAGAUGGAUUCUUUACCUAUAUCAAUGGCUUGGAUUUCACUAGCUCCAGCUUUAAGUUGAAUUUGGGAAGGAACCUGCAACCUGUAAAAAUUUCCUUCUUCCUUUGAUUUCACCUGUCAAUUGGCCUCUCUCAAGUUUUAACUCUUUGUCAA